GAAGUGAUGAAGAUGAAGAAGCUGCUGCUCUUCCUCUGGAUCCUCCGAGUGUCUGCUGACGCUCUACAUGAGGAACUGAGCAUCGUUGGUUGUUCAGACUCUGAUGGAGAGAACAUGUACGGUCUGGAUGGUGAAGUGAAGUGGUACGCAGACUUCAUCAAGAAGGAAGGAGUCAAUGCUAUGCCUCCUUUUGUAGAUCCUAUAACUUUCACAGCAGGUUAUGAAAACGCUGUGGCUGAUCUACAGGUCUGUAGAUCAAACCUGAACAUUAUUCGUACUGCCUUGAAGGACCUUCCUCCAGAAAAAGAUCCUCCCAACAGUCCGGUCAUCUACACUGAAGACGACGUGCAGCUGGAGCAGGAGAACACCCUGAUCUGCUUCGUCUCUGGUUUCUUUCCUCCUCCUGUCAAAGUCUUCUGGACCAAGAACGGAGAGAAGGUCACUGAAGGAACCAGCAUCAACGUUCCUAUCCCCAACAAAGACGGCUCCUUCCACCAGAUCUCCAGACUGAACUUCAUCCCGCAGCAGGGAGACAUGUACGGCUGUUCAGUGGAACAUCUGGCCCUGACCGAACCCCUGACCCGAACCUGGGAUGUGGAGACGACUGUCCCUGGUGUUGGACCUGCAGUCUUCUGUGGAGUGGGUCUGACCAUCGGUCUCCUCGGGGUGGCAGCAGGAACCUUCUUCCUUGUCAAAGGAAACGAGUGCAGCUGAGUUUUCACCUGUUGUCAGGUGUCGAGGUUUUGUCUCUAUUCUUUUAUUCUUUUGUGAGAUUUUAUUUUUAUCAAAUCCUGUU